AUGUCUACCCCUGCAUUCCUACUCCACGAGUACUUUGGCCUCCUUAUCUACCUCGCCAUCCUCCUCCCAGCGACCUUCAUCUCUCUCCCGCAUUCCACCUCCUACUUUAUCCCUACCUCUUCUCCUCUCACCCAGACCUCCUCUACGGAUAGACCAGAACAUGCCUUUUUGACGCCGAUAACAGCCAGGCCGGCGGUGACCAUGCUCUGGGAUGUAGUUGGUAUGGGGGUCGUCAUGGUCUGGUGGGGUGGACGGAUGAAGGGGUGGUUUGAGGGGAAGGGAGACAAGAAGGCUGGGGGAGAUAGGGUAGUCGGAGAGAGCGAGCUAGAGGAGAGGCAGGGGAGGACGAAAAAGAUGCUGGGGAGACUUUACGAAGCCGGUGUAAGCACGCUGGCGGGGUCCCUCGUCUUCUACGUGAUUUUGUCUCUCAUGGGUGCACCCCUCAACAGUCAUUGGGACAAGACAGCUCUCCUCGCCCUCCACCUCUCUAUCCUUACCGUGUUGCCGGUCGUCUACACCCUGGGGAUGCCUUCAUUGUACGACAAGGGUACUUACGCCCGUUUCCGCAUGACCCGUCUCUUCUGUGAAUUCAAACCCGAGACGCCCCUUGAAAGAGCCCUCGUCUACCCCGCUGUCGGUACCCUUACAGGCGCAUGGCUCGGUGCGCUUCCCAUCCCUCUCGAUUGGGACCGUCCCUGGCAAUCUUUCCCCUUGACGAUUGCCUUUGCUUCUAUCCUCGGCUUUGUGGCUGGAGGCUUCGUGUCGUGGGGAUACACUGUGGCGGAGGGCAUGUACAACGAGGUGACCGAAAAGGCCAAGCCUGUGGCCGUAGAGGAGGAGAGGGCGGGCAAGAAGAGCAAGAAGAAGAAGGCUGUCAAGGCAUAG